AUGUAGAAGAAGGCAAUUUCAUCCGUGCUUAAGUCAAACUAACCUACACUUAGAGCUCUUUUCUCAGCACCCAAAGCUCAAUUCCACGCUUCCCAAGCACUUAACAAAGAGAUGACCUGCAGAGACGCUAUUAACUCAGCAAUGUGUGAGGAGAUCGAAAGAGAUCCAAAGGUUUUCCUAAUGGGAGAAGAAGUUGGACAAUACAAUGGAGCUUAUAAAGUCUCAAAGGGUAUGUAUGAUAAGUAUGGACCUUCUAGAAUCUGGGAUACUCCCAUUUCUGAGACAGGUUUUACUGGUAUUGGAGUUGGUGCUGGUCUUAUGGGUCUCAGACCAAUUAUUGAGUUCAUGACAUGGAAUUUCUCUCUUCAAUCUAUUGAUCAUAUUGUUAACUCUUGCGCUAAAGCUCAUUAUAUGUCUGCUGGAGAUCUCAAGUGCCCAAUCGUUUUCAGAGGUAUUAACGGAGUAAGCGCUGGAGUUGCUGCAUAACAUUCUCAAUGCUUUGGAAGUUGGUACUCAUCAGUUCCAGGUUUGAAGGUUGUCGUUCCCUGGAAUGUUGAGGAUAUCAGAGGUCUCUUAAAGGCAUCAAUUAGAGACGAGGAUCCAGUCGUAUUCCUCGAAAAUGAAAUGAUGUAUGGAGUCUCUUUUGACACCCCAGACUACGUCUUCGAUAAGGACUUCGUACUUCCACUUAAUAAAGCUAAGGUAGAAAGACAAGGAACUGAUGUUACUAUUACUGCAUUCGCUAAGAUGGUUGGCUUCUCACUCCAAGCAGCUGAUAUUUUGUAAAAGGAACAUGGAAUAAAUGCUGAAGUCAUCAAUCUAAGAGUUUUGAGACCAUUAGAUAGAAAUACUAUAAUCUAAUCAGUUAAAAAGACCAAUAGAAUUGUUAGUGUUGAAGAGGGAUGGCCACAAUGUGGUAUUGGUGCUGAAAUUGCUGCCUCACUCAUGGAGACCGAUGCCUUCGACUACCUUGAUGCCCCAAUGGAAAGAAUCACUGGAGCUGAUAUUCCAAUGCCAUAUUCAUAAAGCAUUGAAAGAUUAGCCGUUCCCCAAGUUGAAAACAUCGUAAAUGGUGUCCUCAAGGCUUGCUACAGAAAGAAAUGA